GCCGAACUCCUCUUCCGACACCACACGAGGAGUAGCUCGCCUCGCGCUCCGACCGGCUUCCGGCGGCCAUGGCGAUGAGCGACACCGGCUCGAGCUUCGCGCCAUGGGCCGAGCUCUUCCACCGCGACCCCACCCCGGGCCUGCCCGUCGCCGAUGACGCCGUCGCGGCGAGCCCGCCGACCUCGGGCGGGUCCGGCGGGAGCCUGACCAAGGCGGCCCGCCAGCAGCAGCAGCAGCAGCUGGGCGUCGACGGGCCCCGGGUCGGCAAGCCGGCGCGGCGGCGGUCCCGCGCGUCGCGGCGCGCGCCCGUGACGCUGCUCAACACGGACGCGACCAACUUCCGCGCCAUGGUGCAGCAGUUCACGGGCAUCCCCGCGCCCCCCGCCGGCGCGUUCGGGGCCCCGGUCAUCAGCUUCGCCGGCGACUACGGUUUCCCGCCGCCCUCAGGCGUCAUGUCCUUCGACCACCUCCACCGGAGCCACCCGCCCCCGGCGGCGCCGCUCCAGGACCAGCUGAUCCGCACGCAGCCGCAGUACACCGGCGGGGCCUUCGGCUACAGCAACAGCAGCCUCCUGCACGGCGGCGGCGGCGACAUGUUCGCCUCCUCCCACGGGCUCGCGUCGGCGGCCGAGGACCGGAUGCUCCUGCAGAGCAUCCAGCAGGCGACGACGGCCCACCACCACAUGCCGCCGCCGGCGUCCGCCGCUAACGCCACCGCUAAUGGCUUCUUCGCCUGAGCAAGCAAACCGAUCGAGAUGCCGGAGAGCUGAAGUGAAGGAUUAACAUGAAAAAAAGUUCAGUCAGGAUCGAUCAAAUUGUGAUGCUUAGUUUCCUCUUGGCAUGUGAUGCUUAGUUUCCUUUUCCUCCUCCGCUUGUUCAAUUAGUUCAUGCAGAAGCUCGGUUUGUCGGCCGCGGAGGUUGUAAAUAUCUUGUUAAUUUUGAUGACCUGUACUCAGUCUUGGUCACUCUCAUGGUGAUUAGUUCUCAUCCAAGAUUUAUCCUGUU